UAAAAUACAUUAAAUUAGCGAGAACAAUAAGAAGGUUUGUAUUUCUAUAUCCGCCUACUCUGUUGCAGUUUUAAGCUGAAGGCCGUGUAUACCAGCGAUAUCCUCCUUAAGAGUUUCAUUAACUAGACGAUGUUGUUUGACAGUAGUAAGACCUUUGAAGGAGUCCGAAGCGAUAUUGAUGGCGUAGAAAGAGCCGCAUCCACCUGAUACAUCCUCAACUUGUAGUCUAAUCGGCUUGAAACUCUCGGUCAACUUCUGACGAAUCCUGGCUUCUCCAGCGAGUGGCUGUUCAGUUGUGUACGAGCGUAUACUUCUAGAAAUCUGUGUAGUUGGCUGUCUACCACCUGCUACUCUUCUGAAUGCGUUAAUAAUCAUGGUGACCUAAGUGGACGAAAAGGAAGAGGGUUCAUUCACAACGAUGAUCAUAUCUGGCGGUAUUUUACGUAACGGCGGUUUUUCAUGCUUUAGAGCGACAAUAAGGACGCCUCCUCUGCGCUCUUCUAAGCAGCUCAAACAAUUUAAGCUCCAGUCUUCUUUAUCGCUCAGAUCAAUGAGCACACCAGCACAGCUCCCUAAAAUUACACAGCCAGCUGUCAGCAAAUGGCUCUACUCGAUAUCAGCACUGAUAGCUGGUAUCGUUGUUGUUGGUGGUAUGACUAGAUUGACAGAGAGUGGUCUGAGUAUCACAGAAUGGAAGCCGAUCACUGGUAUAGCCUUACCUAGAGGUGAUGAAUGGAUAGUAGAGUUCGAUAAAUACAAGCAAACACCGGAAUUCAAAAUGCUUAACAGUAGAAUAGAUCUCGAAGACUUUAAGAAGAUAUACAUGAUGGAAUGGGCACACAGGAUAUUCGGCAGAGCGAUCGGCGUAGCAUUCAUUCUACCAGCUGGAUAUUUCAUCGCGAGGAAGCAAAUUAGCAGAGGUAUGAAGUGGGCUGUCGGUGGUCUUGGCCUUGGAUUAGGUUUCCAGGGUUUCCUGGGCUGGUACAUGGUUGAAAGUGGUCUGAAAGAAGAAAAUUUCGCUCACGUAGGUGCACACCCACGUGUCAGUCAAUAUCGCUUGUCAGCACACCUUGGUGCUGCCCUAGCACUCUACGUUGCCACACUUUAUGCCGCUUUUGCAGCAGCUAGAGAUUUCAGAGUUGGAAGAGGUGGUAGUGUGAGUGGUGUGAGCGAUCCCGAGAAAUUCCUCGGUAAUGGUGCUACUUCCUCAUUAAGAAGAUUCAGAGUGAUUGCUCGAACUGGUUUGGGUGUUGUCUUCUUGACUGCACUCAGUGGUGCCUUCGUCGCAGGCCUUGAUGCUGGAUUGAUAUACAAUGAGUUCCCAUGGAUGGGCACUGGUAUUACACCACCUAAAGCCGAGCUUUGGGAUCCAAGAUACUCACAAAGGGAAGACAGAAGUGAUUUAUGGUGGAGAAACAUGUUGGAAAAUCCAUCAACUGUACAACUGGACCAUAGAAUAAUGGCAACAACGACUCUCAUUGGCACACUAGCAAUGCAUGCAUUGGCAUUGCGUAGUCCAACUAUGAGGAAGAACCUGCCACCACUCACGAAGAAGCUUCUCAAUUUGACAACAGGUGUCUCAUUGAUGCAAGUAACGUUGGGUAUCUCCACACUUCUUUAUCUUGUUCCAACGCCAUUGGCUGUAUCGCAUCAAGCCGGAUCAGUUGCACUACUUAGUUCAUACGUCGCUCUAGUUGCCUCAUUACGUAGACCGGGAUUAGCAGCACGAAUGCAUCAACGUUUCAUGCAACAACAGAAGAAAGCCGUUUAGAAAAGCUAUUAUACCGACAUCACCGCUCAGAUAGACAUAACUUAUCGUACAAUAAUUCAUGCAUAUAAAAUUCAGUUCAAUUUGGAUUACAUUUCUACUCUUGCAUUGUAACAUCGCCGGUUGUCCUUUGCUGAGUUUCUUCUUCUUGACCAAGUGCGUCAAUGUAUGGCUUUACGUUAUCACCCUCGAGUAUUCUGAAUGAACCCUCAGCUUUAACGCCUUGUUCGUUUGGACCAGGUGGACCGACAAUUGCAAUGGAGGUGUUAAGAGGUGUGAGUGUCUUUGAUUGUUGGAGAGAUGCUUUCAAUGAUUGCAAACCGUGGUUUAUAAGAGUGUUCAAGUCACUGCCCUCGAAGUUGUCAGAUUCCUUUUCCAAGUAUGUUUUAGCCAUUUGUGAGCGUGCUCCUAUAGACAUUGCGACGUAUUCGAAUGCGUUACCGUCAGGGCUGAACUCAUGGAGGUGAGGACCGGUUUCAUCCUGUCCAAUUACCAAAAAUCCGACACCAUAUGGACGUCUACCAUAUUGUUGAGUCGCCAAUUGAGCCUUUUCAGCGAUUUGAGAGACUAUUCUACCAACAGGGAUAGGUCUACCAUAGAGUAAUCUAGAUGACAUAGCUUGAUUGCGCAUGUAAUUACUCAAAACUCUUGCAUCACUCGUCAAUCCAGCAAUAGCGAUACCCAAAUGGUCGUCUAUUUUGAAAGCUUUUUGUUGAUAGCUUGCUAACUCGCCAGUUGAACGCUUUAAAGUGAGUAAAAUUGCGUGUGUUUUCGAUCUCAAUCCGACGGCAGCAGAACCUUGUCUAACAGCUUCUAAUGCGUAUUCGACCUGGUGUAGCCUACCUUGUGGAGAGAAUACGGUGUUGUCUGAAUCGUAGGAAUUUCUAAAAACCAUCUGGGUAUUUCAACGUGGGCGUUGCAACGAAAGAUGUCACCGAGCCGCGUGGCCUGGUUCGACCGUUACCAUAAACAAGUUAUAAGAAUAAAAUGUUAGUACAAACUUUAUUUCUCGUUUUAUUAUUCAUUCUUUAUAUAGGCGUCCACUCACAGAGGACGAAACACGAGCUGUAUUCGAGAAGCUCGCAAACUAUGUAGGAAAAAAUCUCGUACACAUCAUUAAUCCAUCCGGUGCGUCCUCCAAAGAGGAUGUAGAAGACGACGAAGACACAGCACCUCUUCUCAGAUUGCAGAAGGAUAAGGUUUUCUUGUUGAACACAUCUAUCAACAACUUAGCUACAUCUGUAGCCCGUCCUAACCUCAUUAGUCUCGGUCAAUGCUUAGGAAAAUUCACGAAAUCUGGAAAAUUUAAACUCGGGAUUGGUUCUUUGGAUGUACUCGCUAGAUGGGCUAGAUAUAAGGUCUGGGUAAAGCCAAAUGGUGAACUUCCAUUCUUAUACGGUAACCACGUCGUCAAAGCACAUUUGGGUAGAAUUACUGAGGAUACACCAGAGCAUCAAGGUGUUGUAGUACUCAGUAUGUCGGAUAUCCCACUCGGUUUCGGUGUCAGUGCGAGAUCAACGGUCGACACUCGCAAGCUUGAUCCAACGGGAUUGGUUGUAUUCCACCAAGCAGAUGUUGGUGAAUACUUGAGAGAUGAGGAUACACUCUUUUAGUUUAUCGGCUUAUAGAAUACUUAAGUUAUGCAUGUACUAUAUUACACAAUUGGUUUUUAGUGAUAUCACACCUUGAUUAGCUCAUAUCCCAUCCGUCUUCAUCCAGCGUGAAUUGCGACCGCGGUAUCUGACUUUGGCUUAGUGUAGCUGGUAUAUGUGCCCCUCCAAGUCUUCUCAUUACCCCAAAGGACUCUACAAAGAACGGCCUGAGUUCAUUUAUCUCCAGCUGAGAGAUUCCAGUCAUCGCCAUACCAGUAUCGUUCAUUUUGAUGACACCCUCGCGUGAUUUCGUUUGUCUUGCUUGUCGUAUAUCCAUCAAUAGACUCCGUAUAAGAGCAGCAUUGUCUAAAUCAUCACCUGCUACUUCUAUGAUAGCCUUGGCCGUUUCCAGGUAUCUAAAUGGCAUAUCCGCGUAUCGUCCAUUCGAUGUCUCUUCCUUUAG